GGGCCCGGGCUCAGUUCAGUUGGGAUCGGACUUUCGUCUGGAGAGGAACAAUCGCUGUGGCACGGUUCAAGCUACACAUCUCAAGAUGCAGAAGACAGUGGCAGCAGUGGCUCUGCCGGAAGAGCCAGAAACUGAAGUCAAGAGAUUCCCCCGCGAACUCAUCUAUCUCUGUGCCAUUCUCCUGAUGCUCGUGGCUCUGGUGACCGGCUAUUCCUUUUGGGUGAUGACCCACUCCACGAGUUCUCCGAACAAAGGCCUGCACAUACUCGAUCGCAGUGAGUGGCAGGGGGAACCACCCAGCGGGAAGUACCCGCACCUUAAGCUGCCCGUCUCCAAUGUGAUCAUCGCCCACACGGCCACCGAAGGAUGCGAACAGGAGGAUGUAUGCAUAUACCGGGUGCAGACUAUUCAGGCGUUCCACAUGAAAUCUCUGGGCUGGGUGGACAUUGGCUACAACUUCCUGGUGGGAGGCGAUGGUCAGAUCUACGUGGGACGCGGCUGGUACAUUCAGGGUCAGCAUGUCAAAGGAUACGGUGCCAUAUCCGUUAGCAUUGCCUUCAUCGGAACCUUUGUGAACAUGGAGCCAUCGAGUCGACAAAUUGCAGCUGCCAAGAGGUUAAUGGACGAGGGCGUACGACUCCAUAGACUGCACCCAGAUUACCAUAUCUAUGCCCACCGUCAAGUCAGUCCCACCGAGAGUCCUGGCCAGAGGCUAUUCGAACUCAUGAAGAAGUGGCCGCGCUUCACGCCAGAUGUGACAUCAUUACGCCUCCUUAGCAAUGCCACCUUGAAGAUUGUGACACGAGCUUAUUGGCUGGCCCAGCCUCCAACAGUGCCUCUCAAUCCUCUGGAGCUUCCCGUUCAGAGCGUGAGGUUCGUGUCCACCAAGUCUCCGUCUUGUGCCACACAAGCGCAAUGCGUUUUCCGAGUGCGCCUCAUGCAAAGCUUCCACAUCGAGAGCGUUGGAUAUAAGGACAUCAACUACAAUUUCGUGGCGGCUGGAGAUGGCCACAUAUACGAGGGCAGGGGCUGGAAUCACAGCUGUGAAGCCUCAAAAGAUGGAAAUGGACUGAAUCCCAAGGAACUAAUAGUGGGCUUUUUGGAUCCUUCGAGUGACAAUACAAAGCUAGCCCUGGAACUAAUACAACAGGGCGUCAAACUUGGUCACAUUAGCAAGGAUUACAGACUAAUCGACGACUUAGAAAAGUCAUAGAAAACUGGAAGCAGGGGGAACGAAGCCAUUUCAGUGCAAUCCCUGUGCCAUCUUUCAAAGUGAUAUUAAUUUAAGAACUAGUUCAAGUCAACGAAGAUAUCUCAUAUGGAAUACGUCACAAUCUCCCUCGUAUUUAUAGAAAUAAACAUGCCUUUAUUGAGUUUCAACA